ACCUGCUCUGUCUGUGUGUGUGUGUGUGUGAGAGAGAGAUACCUGCACUGUGUGUGUGUGUGUAUGAGAGACCUGCACUGUGUGAGUGAGUGAGAGAGAUAGAGAGGGGGGGGGGGGGGGAGACCUGCACUGUAUGUGUGAGAGAGAGAAAGUGUUUCGGUCCCCACCCCGCACCGUUCUGCUGCCUUGCUGCAGUUCCCCGCCUGUCAGCCGAAUGCCGCAGUGCGGGGAGCGGAGAGAGGCGGCAAGGGAUCGACUGCUCCCUCCACAUCGAUCGGCAGCGCCUCAGGGGAGGGGUUGACAGCGAAUCCCCACUCCAUCGUCCCUCCCUGACUUGAGCACAGUCUAGGGAGUCGGAAUACCGAGGAACGACACGGACACGGGGCUGGCAGUUCACAUGCUGAAUCUUUACUGUGUCAUGCUCGCGUAGAAAAAGUUUGUGCAUUAACAUGCGGUUAAAACAGGCAUACACACAUAUUCCGGUAUAAAUCUCAAACUAUCCGUGGCUACAAGCCUUUACUUGAUCCCUUGGUGUUUAGGACAUUCUGGGUGGGGAAAGUGGGUGAAAUAUAUUCGUAACAUCUUCAAGACAUCUCUCAUGCGUUAGAAAACAAGCAAGCAGGAUUCCCCAGUCUAACAAGCACCAAUAAGUCAGUGUUCUGUUGUGUUUCAAAUCCUCCUCGCGCUGUCCUGCACUGAGAGCUCCCGGGGGCAGGUCUCUCUCUCUCUCUCACACACACACACACACACACACCCCUCCUUAGUCUGUAUCCAGUGUGGGCACUGAGAGCUCCCGGGGGCAGGUCUCUCUCUCUCUCUCUCUCUCUCUCACACACACACACACACACACACACACACACACCCCUCCUUAGUCUGUAUCCAGUGUGGGCACUGAGAGCUCCCGGGGGCAGGUCUCUCUCUCUCUCUCACACACACACACACACACACACACCCCUCCUUAGUCUGUAUCCAGUGUGGGCACUGAGAGCUCCCGGGGGCAGGUCUCUCUCUCUCUCUCACACACACACACACACACCCCUCCUUAGUCUGUAUCCAGUGUGGGCACUGAGAGCUCCCGGGGGCAGGUCUCUCUCUCUCUCACACACACACACACACCCCUCCUUAGUCUGUAUCCAGUGUGGGCACUGAGAGCUCCCGGGGGCAGGUCUCUCUCUCUCUCUCACACACACACACACACACACCCCUCCUUAGUCUGUAUCCAGUGUGGGCACUGAGAGCUCCCGGGGGCAGGUCUCUCUCUCUCUCUCACACACACACACACACACACACCCCUCCUUAGUCUGUAUCCAGUGUGGGCACUGAGAGCUCCCGGGGGCAGGUCUCUCUCUCUCUCUCACACACACACACACACACACCCCUCCUUAGUCUGUACCCAGUGUGGGCACUGAGAGCUCCCGGGGGCAGGUCUCUCUCUCUCACACACACACACACCCCUCCUUAGUCUGUAUCCAGUGUGGGCACUGAGAGCUCCCGGGGGCAGGUCUCUCUCUCUCUCACACACACACACACACACACACAUACCUCCUUAGUCUGUACCCAGUGUGGGCACUGAGAGCUCCCGGGGGCAGGUACAACUCACACACAGCUCCCUGUACACCAGCUCCUGUCCAAGUAUCUUUUAAAUGCUGUUAAUGCAGCUGUCUUCACCUCUGGGUGAAAAUGGUACUAGUCAUUCCCGAUUAAACCUCUGCCCUCUCACCUUAAACCUGUGAUCAGUUUUGGUCAUCUUGCUACAGGAAAGAUGCCAUCGAGCUGGAAUGAGUGCAGCGGAGAUUGACGAGGAUGUUACUGGGACUCGAGGGACUGACAUGGGGAGAGGGCAGGUUGGAACUUUAUUCCCUGGAGUGAAGAAGAUUGACGAGUACAGAUAGGGGAAUGCACUUUUUCAAGUAUGUAAAAAGUAAAAGAGAAAUGAGAGUGGAGAUGGGACCGCUAGGAAAUGGGGUUGAAGAAAUAAUAAUGGGGGACAAGGAGAUGGCAGAUUAACUAAAUGAGUAGUUUGCAUCAGUCUUCACUGUGGAAGACACUAGCAGUGUGCCAGAUGUUGAAGGGUGUGAGGGAAGAGAAGUGAGUGCAGUUACUUUUACAAGGGAGAAGGUGCUCAAAAAGCUGGUAGACCAAAUGGUACACAAGUCACCCGGACCAGAUGAACUGCACCCUAGGGUUCUAAAAGAGGCAUCGUUAGAGAUUGUGGAGGCAUUAGAAAUGAUCUUUCAAAAAUCAUUGGAUUCUGGCAUGGUGCCAGAGGACUGGAAAAUUGUAAAUGUCACUCCACUCUUUAAGAAAGGAGGAAGGCAGCAGAAAGGAAAUUAUAGACCAGUUAGCCUGACCUCAGUGGUUGGGAAGAUGUUAGAGUCAAUUGUUAAGGAUGAGAUGAUGGAGGACUUGGUGACACAGGACAAGAUAGUACAAAGUCAGCAUGGUUUCCUUCAGGGAAAAUCCUGCCUGACGAACCUGUUGGAAUUCUUUGAGGAAAUUACAAGUAGGAUAAAUAAAGGGGAUGCAGUUGAUGUUGUAUAUUUGGACUUUCAGAAGGCCUUUCACAAGAUGCCACACAUGAGAUGCUUACCAACUUAAGAGCCCAUGGCAUUACAGGAAAGUUAGACCAUUGGCUGAUUAGUAGGAGCAGUGAGUGGGAGUAAAAGGAUCCGUUUCUGGUUUGCUGCCAGUGACUGGUGGUGAUCCACAGGGGUCAAUGUUGGGACCAUUUCUUUUUAUGCUGUAUAUCAAUGAUUUAUAUGAUAGAAUAGAUGACUUUGUUGCCAAAUUUGCAGAUAUGAAGAUUGGAGGAGCGGCAGGUAGUAUUGAGGAAACAGGUAGGAUGCAGACAGACUUAGACAGAUUAGGAGAAUGGGCAAGAAAGUGGCAAAUGAAAUACAGUGUUGGACAAUGCAUGGUUAUGCAUUUUGGGAGUGGAAAUAAAUGUGUGGACUAUUUUCCAAACAGGGAGAAAAUCCAAAAAUCUGAGAUGUAAAGGGAGUUGGGAGUCCUUGUGCAGAACAGACUGAAGGUUAACUUGCAGGUUGAGUCGGUGGUGAGGAAGGCAAAUGCAUUGUUAGCAUUCAUUUCAAGGGGUCUAGAAUACAAGAGCAGGGAUGUGAUGCUGGAUCUUUAUAAGGCACUGGUGAGGCCUCACCUUGAACAUUGUGUACAGUUUUGGGCUCCUCAUCUUAGAAAGGAAGUGCUGGCAUUGGAGAGGGUCCAGAGGAGGUUCACAAGAAUGAUUCCAGGAAUGAAAGGGUUAUCAUACGAGGAACGUUUGAUGGCUCUGGGCCCGUACUCACUGGAAUUUAGAAGGAUGAGGGGGGGUCUCAUUGAAACCUUUCAAAUGUUGAAAGGCCUAGUCAGAGUAGAUGUGGAAAGGAUGUUUCCCAUGGUGGGGGAGUCUAGGACAAGAGGGUACAGCCUCAGGAUAAUGGGGCAUCCACAGAGAUGUGGAGAAAUUUCUUUAGCCAGAGGGUGGUGAAUUUGUGGAAUUUAUUGCCACAGGCAGCUUUGGAAGCCAGGUCAUUGGGUGUAUUUAAGGCAGAGAUUGAUAGGUUCUUGAUUGGACAUUACAUCACAGGUUAUGGGAAGAAGUCCAGGGAGUGGGGCUGAGGAGGGGAAAAAUGAUCAGCUAUGAUUGAAUGGUGGAACAGACUUGAUGGGCCAAAUGGCCUAAUUCUGCUCCUAUGUCUUAGAGUCUUUUCUCCCAGAGGUGGGGAAUCAAAAAUCAAAGGGCACAGGAUUAAGGUGAGUGGGGAGACAUUUAACAGGGACCCGAGGAGCAACUUUUUUCACACAGAGGGUGGUCUCUACAUGGAAUGAGCUGCCAGAGGAAGUGGUUGAGGAAAGUACAUUAAUAACAUUUAAAAGGCACUCGAACAGGUCCAUGGACAGGAAAGGAUCAGACUAAUAUGGCCAAACACAUGUGAAUGGGACGAACUGAAAUAGGCGUUGUGCCAGCACAAAGUGGUCAGGCCGAAGGGUCUCCUUCUGUGUUAUGUGACACUGUCACUUUCCAGAGAACCUCCUCCACAAUGUCCAAAUCCUCCAUUGCUAUAGGGUGACCAGAAAUGUACACUUUUAGUGUUAGGAAAGAAACUGCUGUAACAUAGUUGGGGACUUCAAAGACAAGGAAGUCAAUUCUUUUCCAACUGAGGUUCAAAAUGAAAAAAAAUAUUUUAUAUUUUUAACUGAGAGUUAAAAAGGGCUGCGGGGUUCCAGCUGCAGAGAGCUGGGUUCAGACACUCCAUCCUAGGAGUCUCCCACAAUUUCACAUUUUUGAGAUGAAUGCAGCAUCCUGUCUGAAUGCAUCAUGGCUUGUACACCAGCCUCUGCCCAUGACCACAAGACCCUGCAGAGAGUUGUGGACUCCCCUACAUGGACUGUCCUCACUUUUCACUGCCUCGGUAAAGCAGCCAGGAUUAUCAAAGGUCCCCCUCCCACACCCCGGACAUUUGGGCAGAGAUACAGAAGCCUGAAACCUCAUCCCACCAGACUCAAGGGCAGCUGCUUACUGUCUGCCUGCACAGCUCUUUCUCUGUAAUUGUGACACUUUAUUCUGCAUUCUGUUAUUGUUUUCCCUCAAUGCACUGUGUGAUUAUCUGACCUGUGUGGACAGUGUGGGAGACAAACCCAAGCUCUUCACUGUGAAUAAACUGAUUCCAUUUCCUUCCUAUAGCACAAUGACCAGAGGGGGCGCAAUACUCCAACCAAGGGGCUGGAGGGGAUGUUGCAGCAUAUCGCCUCUGGCACCCUGGUGGAGGGCAUUGACUCUGACGGCUGCAAGCAGGUGACACAAUGGUUUGAGGCCAUACAGCUGCUCACCAAUAAACCAGUGAAUCAGACUUGCAGCAUUCCACAGCACCAAUGCCCAGUCACACAGCAUCUUCACACAACCAGUCUGACACAGGCACCAAGUUCAGCUCCUUCACUUCCCCCGCCAACGAGCAACUCGCUGAUAGGGUUGGCCAUGAGCAGUCGGGCAGCGGCUGGCGAGGGGCGCCCGGGACGGAAAGCCCCCACCAGACAGGUGCAGGUGGUGGUGAGGCUGCGGCCAUGUCUGGGAGACGCCCAGGGGGAGCAGCAACAGCCCUGCGUGCGGGGGGUGGACACGCAGACUCUGGAGAUCCUCAAUUGGAGGAAUCGGGCCGAGACCAUGCAGUACCAUUUUGAUGCCUUCUAUGGGGAAGACAGCACACAGCAGGAGUUAUACGUGGGGUCAGUCCGACCUGUCCUGGCUCAAGUGCUCAACGGGCAGAAUGCCAGCAUCUUCGCCUAUGGCCCCACAGGUGCAGGUAAGACACACACCAUGUUGGGAAGUCCCGAGCAGCCAGGUGUAGUGCCCCGUGCCCUCCUGGACAUCUUCCGCAUGAGCAGGGAGCAGAGCGACCAACUUGGGGGGCCAGAGUGGACUUUCAAUAUUAGCAUGUCCUACCUGGAGAUCUACCAGGAGAAGGUGCUGGACCUGCUGGAGACACGGAAUGUGGACCUGCCCAUCCGCGAGGACCGCAACAAGAACAUCUUUAUCCCCAGACUGAAGCAGCAGACUAUCAGUAGCUUUGCUGAGUUUGAGCUCCACUUUCUGCCUGCGCUGGAGAACCGGACCACGGCCAGUACCAAACUCAAUCUUCGCUCCAGCCGCAGUCACUCUGUGCUGCUCAUCAAGGUGGUGAAGAUGGAGCGGGCAGCCCCUUUCCGGCAGCUGACAGGCAAACUGUACCUCAUUGACUUGGCUGGCUCUGAGGACAACAGGCGCACGGGUAAUGAGGGCAUCCGGCUGAAGGAGAGCGGGGCCAUCAACACAUCCCUCUUUGUGCUCAGCAAGGUGGUGGAUGCCCUGAACCAGGGCCUGACCCGUAUCCCCUACCGGGACAGCAAGCUGACCCGUCUCCUCCAGGACUCACUGGGAGGCACGGCUCACAGUGUAAUGAUCACCAACAUUGCACCUGAAUACAAGCACUACUUCAACACCCUGACCGCCCUCAACUUUGCCGCCAAGUCCAAGCUGAUCGUCAACCAUCCUUUCACCCGUGAAACCAUCCAGCCUAUCGGUGUGCAUCCUCUGAAACGACAUCAGCAGGAGGACCCUUCGGAAGGGGCUGCCAAGAUCUUCAAAGCGGAUGAUUCAGAAAAUGCUGGUGGAUCCGGAGGGCUAUCCUUGAGUCCACUGCUGAAACCAGAGGAAAUGAACAGUGAGGUGUACGGACCGGAUGUGAUGGAGCGUCUGUCGAAGCUAGAGGACCUGCUGCGCACACAGGGUCGGAGCGGCUUGCCUGUGCUGGGCACACCCAAGGCCGAGAGGCAGGAACUCCUCAGGAAGCUGGAGGAGAGCCGGCGGCAGAUCCAGCAUUUGGAGCGGAGACAGCAAGAACUCGAGAAAGUCAUCAGUGCACAGGAAACCACAGGAACUGGAGAUGGCCUCCUCCCCUGUGGCAAGGACCCCAUCCUGCGUAAGAGCUCAGUGGCUAAGAAAAGGAACAAAGCCAUCGUCGCCCCAUUACAGCGCAUAGACAAUACUGAGUGUCUCCAAACCGGGGAUGUGCUGGUGCUGAAGCGCAAGGAGAAGCAGGUCGAGGACAAUGCAAAGAAGGAGCAGGGGGGUGGAGUAGAGUUGAUGAUGGAUGUACAACUUGCUGAACAGCAGAAGGAACAGAUCCUGGCCGUGCUGAAUGAGGGCUCCCUCCGCCAGCUCAAGACCUUGCAGAGGGUGGGAGACAAGACCGCUCAGCUCAUUCUUGGCUGGAGAGAGCGCCAUGGGCCGUACUCGCAGAUUGAAGAUCUGGCCAAGGUCGGCAUGUCAGCCAAGUUCCUCUCCACCUUCAUGAAGGCCAACGCUCUCAGCUGCCUUGCCAAGUGACAGCGUCAGUUUCAGAAGCCCCCUCCCCAUUCAAGGAGUUGCCGAGGAUUGUGGGGGGGGGGGGGGAGAGAAGCAGCAGCUUUCCUGGUGUACAUCAGUAAUGAUGGCUUGUAUCAUAACACUUCGUGUCAGAGGCUCCACCCAGCCUCCGUCUUUCGUGUGCGAUUUAAUAAAGGUUUUUUA